AUGGCGCGAGCAUGCCUGGAGCCGUACGCCACGGAGACAGCAAUGCGGGAGUGCCACGGAAAGAGGAGGUGUGUCCUCUCAGCAGACAGCAACAUGUUCGGGAAGCCCUGCAGAGUCGGCAGCAGGACGUACCUGAAAGUCGUGUAUACCUGUGUUCCCCGCACGGUCCUGAAGGAGAGAUACGAAAGUGCUCCAGAGGAGGACGAGGUCGCCCAUGACGUGUCUGAUAUUGAACACGAAGAUGUCGAUGAUUCCGGUGACCGGUGGUGGGUGGAGUCAGCAGUGCCUCCAGCCCCGGCGGUAGCAGCUGUGCCUCCUCAGAGACCUUCGAUGUCCACCAGCAUCAACGCCACAAGCAUCAUCAGAAACUCCCCUUCAGCAUCACCACCAAGACACCACCUCUCGAAAGAUGAACCGUUCGACAUGAUGUAUGUCUACAUCAUAGCAGCUGUUGCCGUCUCGCUCCUCCUCUGCAGUAUGGUAGGUGUAGUCCGAUGUCUGGUACACAGGAGAAGCACAGAACAGCCUAAAGGCCCUGACGUCUCAGCCACCACAGAAAUCCCCAACGGAUUCAACGACAGCAUAUCAGAAGUUGACAAUGACAUCAACAUCACCAGCUUAUCAGGUCCAGUCGACACAGUAGACUCAGGCCUCAAACCUGAGAUGCAGUUCACAAACGUCGCUCUCAGUCCUAAGAUCAACCGAUACGUCGGCAGACCAGUCCCCAACACGUACCCACAUGUCAGUACCAACAUGUACGGACAGGUCGCCGAAUACCCUAUAGAAAUGCCACUCCGAACCAUGCCCCAUGGGACGUUGGGACGUGGAGUUGCCGUCAAAACCCUACCUAGAGUGCAAGUGCAAAACGAAACCGACCCUAACACCCGGAGUUUAUAUCGAUAUUCGAACGCGCAGUACUACUUCGGGUGACAGCAAGACAAUGCCCAGUGUUCGGACGUAUCGAGGACUUACUGUUUCUAGUUCAGUCGUAGUGAAGUGUAAAUAGACUAGACGUUUGUAAUGUCCUACUUUUAAUACGGAAACUGUGAUAUUAAUUGAAACUUUCCUAUUAACGGGCCGUUCGUGAAAUAUGGACACGGGAGGCGGUGCUACAGGCCGUGAAUCAGUUACGUCUUGUCGUUAGUGAGGGGAAAACUCGAGUUUUCUUAAUUAAUUCCUUGACUUUAAUCUUAAUUUUGAGUUAAGAAGUCGCAUUUUUAAAAUAAG